AUGAACGCAAUGAGCAGCGCGUACAAGGAUGGUCGAGCAGAAAUGAAACAGCGUAAUAUCAACCAGGUGGAGUUCCACGCCACCGCUGGCAUCCUGGUGAUGAAGGAAAAGAAUACCAAAGGGGCUGGCUGGAAUGAACUCUUGUUCAAACAACAGAACUGGAGGAAAAUCCUAGGUUUUAAUAUCUGUUGCGUCCCCGCCCGGGACGUCACUGCCUCCCCAGCCUUUAUGCUGAUUGUUCCACGUACAGACUUGAGUUGGAAGGAUAUUGUCUCUAACAUUCGCAACAGCAAUGGAAAGACCUUCAGCACCAAGGACUGGAAGUUGACAGUGACCUUAGAAGAUUGA